GCGAUGGCAUGAUUAUAGGAUCAACAUCGUCAUUAUCGUAUGUCUGUGUUAGGUGUCAACGUCUUUUUCGUUAUCGUAUGUUGCCUGUGUUAGGGCGGUCAAUCAAUGAGGAGGGACUGGUGUGUUGGGGUCGAGGACCCGGUUGCUAGCUACCCAUUUGCUUUUGGCUUUCUGCGUUAUCAGGGAAUGAUAUCUUAGGGCCAAGGUCUUUAUUGUCCACGACGCUUUGGGGUAGCUGUUUGUAUAUGCGUUGUCAGUUAGGUAAGUCAUUUUGUAGUUUUGUGUUUGGGUAGGUUGUUCGAGUUCGUUGUUAGGGAAUGUCGUUUGGGUAGGGUGUUUAGGCCAACUGAAGGAUGAGAAGAGUUGGCGAGCAGGCGGUGUUCCAUAUGUACAUACACAUCCAGGUUUCCGAAGGCGAGGAGUCCUUAUCUGUUUCAUUUCCCUUACGGAGCGUAGAGUAGAAUUAGCGAUAGAGUAGUACAUAGGAGUUGGUGUAUUCGGUAUUCUUUUGAUUCCAUAGUGCAGUCAGUUCUCUCUUGGUUCAUCAUACAACUACUGCAUAUUCCGUCGUGUUUGAUGUUCACGUUGUUGUAACACCCAUAACUGCACUCGUACGUAGCGCACAUUCCUUUCCGCCGUGUUCUCUCUUUAUUGUACCACCCACGACUACUGCAUAUUCCGCCGUAUUUGAUGUACACUUUGUUGUAACACCCAUAACUGCACUCGUACGUCUGUCUCUUAUACACAUCUAGAUGUGUAUAAGAGACAGCUCGUACGUAGCGCACAUUCCUUUCCGCCGUGUUCUCUCUUUAUUGUACCACCCACGACUACUGCAUAUUCCGCCGUAUUUGAUGUACACUUUGUUGUAACACCCAUAACUGCACUCGUACGUAGCGCACAKUCCUUUCCGCCGUGUUCUCUCUUUAUUGUACCACCCACGACUACUGCAUAUCCCGCCGUAUUUGACGUACACUUUGUUGCAACACCCACAACUGCACUCGUACAAAGCACAGUGACUGACUAGCUCCUAUGUACAGUUGCUUGCUGCAGACCGUUGGGAUCGGUUCCAGCUCGCGUUCUUUUUGUAUUUGAACACAGACGGGUGGUUCGAUCUUUGUCCAAUCAAAGUCAUAUCUUCGGGAGAGUGGUCGUCGCUGAGCCCUCUAAGCUUCUGCAGAGCAUUCUGGUCACCACCUACACAUCUUAACGAUCGAAAUGGGGAAUGUCAGGCGUGUGCCGCAGCGAUAUGUAAUGGUCUUCCUCAUGUUCGUCGCAACAAACGUUUGCUAUAUUGAACGAGUCGGGUUCCCGAUCGUGUACACACCUAUAGCAAAAGACAGCGAUGUGGAUCCUGUGACGAAGGGCUGGGUUCUGUCCGCCUUUUACUAUGGAUACGCGAGCUCACAGAUUCCGGGAGGUUGGGCUGCAGCAUACCUUGGAGGUAGGCAUAUCCUGCUGUUGUCAUUUCUUCUCUGGUCGGUAGCAGCGGUGAUUAUGCCGGUGAGCUCCGUGUCGGUCGCAUCGAUGGUUACGGCCCGGCUGUUGAUCGGUUUGUCACAGGGUUUCAUAUUUCCUGCCAUUCACACCAUUCUUGCGCACUGGAUUCCACCACAUGAACGUUCGCGUGCAGUCUCGUUGACGAUGUCGGGAAUGUACUUAGGUGCCGCAGCAGGAAUGCAGUAUCUGCCGGGCUUCGUGGCAUCUUCCGGCCCUAGAAUGGUAUUCAAUGUGAUAGCCUUGAUGGGAUUAUGGUGGUCAGUUUUAUGGUGGUGGUAUGCAACAGACCCGCCAGGCGGUGGCGAUCUGUUGGCGACCCGUCAUAGUGGGAAAUGGAUUCCCUCGGCAUCGACCGUAGAUGCUGCAAUUGGACGUAGCAGCAGGAUGUCUGAGCAUGCUGGGAAUCGGCGGGUAGCCGUUCUUGAGCGCAUUGAGCAACAACCGUCGUCUAUGAGCCCUGUGUCCCAGCCGCUGCCGCGCAAGAAGACAGACGGCAAUGUCGACGAAAUUAUGCUCAAACGGACCGUCCCUGAACGGCAACCCUCAACAGAGAUUCCAUGGUCUAAGAUGCUUUGGAGUUUGCCUGUCUGGGCCAUUGUAGUCAACAACUUCACUUUCCACUACGUUCUGUACGUGCUGAUGAAUUGGCUGCCAACGUACUUCGACCAGGUGCUUGGCGUUGCACUGGCAAGUGUCGGCGCAGCCAAGAUGGUACCCUAUUUUCUCAUGUUUGUGUUCAACAACUUGGGGGGUUGGGCUGGCGAUUACUGUAUUACGCGGCAUCGAAUGACGGUGACGAAAGCCCGGAAGUUGAUCAACUCGGUCGGGUUCGCAGCCGCAGCGGUAAUGCUGAUAGCGAUGCCGGUGUUCCGCACUGUUGCAGGAGCCGUCUCUUGCGCAUCGGUUGUCCUUGGAGCUUCCGCCUUUGCGCGUGGCGGGUUUGCCGUCAACCACAUGGAUAUUGCGCCACGCUAUGCUGGCGUUGUCAUGGGGGUGUCAAACACUGCAGGCACAGCUGCCGGUGUCGUCGGUGUUUCCGCCACAGGGUUUAUCUUGAAAAUGGCUUCGUCAAUGGCCUCGACAAAUGGGAAAUUGAAGCUGGAGGUCGGAGAAAGUGGGGAAGAAACUAUGAUCAACAGCUCUCUGUGGUCUGGGGAUAUGCUAGGCUGGGCCCUUGCCUUUUGGUCUCCUGCAGUUCUGUCUGUGCUGAGUGCUCUGAUUUUUUGUAUUUGUGGCACUGGCGAGAAGGUAUUCGACUAGAAGCGAUCUUUCGAUCCAUUCAAGAAAACACUUUGACUAGGAAGGACCACCCGAGCCGCUCCAGUGUUUUUCCGUCCCAGAAGAAGUUUGUGAGCAGCUGGAACUGAUACCGACCUUCUAGAUGAAGGACGAUAAGGGAAGCUUUUCACAGGCAAGGCAGGUUUCACCGUUGACGCAACAUUUCUCACCGCCGCUGAUAACCAGCCGAUCUUAGUGCACCGUGAGACACGCGUUGCCUUGGAGGCCUGACGAAGCAAAAGAAAGCGUUCCAAAAAAACAGCAGAAUAUACGAUAAAAAACACACUGAUUU